GUGAAGUGUUACAUGCAACAGCUCCUCCGUGGUCUUGAGCAUUGCCACAGUCGACACAUUCUGCACCGUGACAUUAAGGGUUCCAAUCUCUUGAUUGACAACCGAGGCAUAUUGAAGAUAGCAGAUUUUGGAUUAGCGAGUUUCUUUGAUCCUGAACAACGGCACCCUUUGACUAGUCGUGUUGUCACUCUAUGGUAUAGGCCACCAGAGCUUUUGCUUGGUGCCACAAAUUAUGGUGUUUCUGUAGAUCUCUGGAGUGCUGGCUGCAUUCUUGCCGAGCUAUAUGCAGGCAAGCCUAUCAUGCCUGGUAGAACAGAGGUUGAGCAGUUGCAUAAAAUAUUUAAACUCUGUGGUUCACCGUCAGAAGACUAUUGGAGGAAAUCUAAACUUCCCCAUGCCACCAUUUUCAAACCACAACACCCGUAUGCGAGGCGUGUAUCAGAAACAUUUAAAGAGUUUCCUGCUCCUGCUCUGGCAUUAGUAGAUGUUCUUCUUUCAGUAGACCCAGCAGAUCGUGGAACUGCGUUUUCUGCAUUGCAAAGUGAGUUUUUUACAACAAAACCAUAUGCUUGCAAUCCUUCAAGCUUGCCAAGGUAUCCCCCAAGCAAAGAGUUUGAUGCAAAACGUAGGGAGGAGGAAGCUCGAAGGCAAGGUGUCGCUGGAGGAAAGCAACAUAAACAUGAUCCUGAAAGAAGAACUAGAGAAUCAAGAGCAGUCCCUGCCCCUGAUGCAAAUGCAGAAUUAGUGUCAUCAUUGCAGAAAAGGCAAGCCCAGGCUAAUACCAGGAGCAGGAGUGAGAUGUUUAAUCCCUGCAAAGAAGACUCCGCAUCUGGAUUUCGAAUUGAACCACCCAGGCCAACUCCUGUUACUGAGUCUUCUGAAGACUCACAGCGUGCCUACCCAACCAGAAUCUUUCAUUCUGGGCCUUUAGUUAAUCAGAAUCACCCAUCAAAGGGUGGAGGUGUCAAAAAUGGUGAACUUCAGGUCCCUGGUGUUGCAAACCAUCCUGUGGUUGUGUCAACAAGAUCGAGUCUCCGAACGGACGAUAGCAGCCGGACAAUGGCUGCUCAAGCUGAGGCAUUUGCUCAUGGGCGGAGGCUGUCUGAGUCCAUCAACGAGCAUUUCAGUAACAGUGGGAAGUACGAUCAAGUGUUCCCAAAGAAGGAUGACCGGAGCAGCAGGGUUGAUGGAGCUAUUGGCUAUGGAUCGAAGGGCAACAAGAUCCACCAUUCUGGGCCCCUGACCUGCCCUUCAGGCAACGUCGACGAGAUGCUGAAGGAGAAUGACCGGCAGAUACAAGAAGUGUUCCGGAGAACGCGGGUGGAGAAGUCUAGAGCGAGGAGGGACCAUGGACAUCACCAUGGCGGCAUAAGACCUGGCGAUUUCGGUGCCAUCCCGGUGUUCCCUUCCAGCCGCUCCAGUUACCAGGCUGUGCAGCAGUGAGAACAGGUAAAGAUGAAGGUGUGUUGGGACUUGGAAUCGCCGGUGAUUUCCGAUUCCCUCCAUUCCCCUGCUGUUUUCAGGGGGGAUAUGGAUAAAUAGCACGCUACGCUAUGUACAGGGAGGAAGGACUAGCUGUGUAGUGCCUGCUCGUAUUGGAGAAACUUUGAAGGAGAGAACGGGGGAGGUGAUUUGUUUAUUGGCGGCAACUCGAGCGUCUUUAUGACGAAGUCGUGUAUCAUCAGGGUGGGGGUCUCCCUUUUUGAAAUGUUGCUGGAAUGGUAGGUGUGUUUCAGCUAAGCAAUUCUCAAACCCGAAUGUUCGAGGAGGCGAAAUUUGGCCGCCAGAGGUUUUCGCUUAGAAUA